UCAUACACAUCAAAUCAAUCACUUUUUCCAAAACUCUCUCUCAAAAUAAUUUUUCAAAACAUCUUUCCAAAAAAACCAAACCAAACAACUUUUCGUACUUUUUAUCUCCCAAAUUCAUCUCCGAAAAUCAAACCAACCAAGCCCCAAACCAUCUAUGAAAUUCACCUCCACCCGUUGAAUUUGCGAAUUUUUCGAAUAAUUUAUUAUUCUCAAACAGCUGAAAGCAAACAAACACAAAAAUGAUUCUGACGCCAUCAUCAUCCAAAUCAACCGUACACAAAAACCACUGUUUUAGCGAUUCACUAUUGUAUAUUCCCGCGCGAUGGUUCUCAUCGCCACCGUACGGUCAGUCUGUUUCACGCCCGUUUUCGACUCGGACAAUGUCUUCUUGCUCCUCCGAAAGUCCACCUCCUACGCUGCGUACAGUCACCAUUUCCUACUCGCACCUCAAAGAUAAGAACGUUGAUUUGUCGGCGAAGAUUGAAGAAGGUUUUGGACCCAAUGGGUUGGGAAUUUUGUCAAUAUCAGAUGUUCCUGAGUAUUCUUCAUUGCGUCAAAAUCUUCUGCGUCUUGCACCUAGAUUAGCCUGUCUGCCUGAAGAUGUGAAGAAAGAACUGGAAGAUCCUAACAGUAGGUACAAUUUUGGAUGGAGUCAUGGGAAAGAGAAGCUAGAAUCUGGAAAACCAGACAUCUUGAAAGGCUCUUUCUAUGCAAAUCCAAUAUUCGAUACACCUACAACUGAUGAAUCUCUUGUUCAACGGUACCCAUCAUAUUGUGGAUCAAAUAUAUGGCCUGAUAGGGCUCUUCCAGAACUUGAAGUGGCUUUCAAAGCUCUUGGAAAGCUGAUUCUGGAUGUUGGGUUAAUGGUGGCAUAUCACUGCGAUAGAUAUGUAUCCAGGGGUAUGACAAUGCAUGAGGAUGAAGGCCUUGAACAGAUACUUCUGCGCUCUCGGUGUCAUAAAGGUCGUUUGCUUUAUUAUUUUCCUUCCCUUCAGAGUGUUUUUACCCAAAAUGGUGCGUCUAUGUCAUCUUGGUGUGGCUGGCAUACUGAUCAUGGUUCCCUCACAGGUCUUAGCUGUGGCAUGUUUAUGAGAGAUGCUGUAGAGUUACCUUGCCCUGAUAGUGCUGCCGGUCUUUAUAUCAAAACACGAAAUGAUCAAAUAGUUAAACAACUCUCACUUGAUGGACAUCUAGCUUUUCGAUUAUCCUACAAUGACCUAAAGCAGGUCUAACCUGACAUCCUUAUAAAUUUUCCCUAUGGUUUCAUGGCUUCAACUAUAACAGCACAAGAAGUAUCUUCUUCACUUCAUCCAUCCUGGUCUAAUUUUCAGGUUGGUUGUUCCAUUGACCUUCUUAUCAGGAAUGAUUGAAACCAAAUACUGAAA